GGACCGGAAUGGUGCAAGUGUAGCGAAAGGUGCACCACCGCAGAACGCAGGCACAGGUAGCAACGCUGAGGAUGCUCUGCCACCUCGAAACAUGCACGACACGUACACGGAAAUCACACUGCCCUUCGCAUCGUCACCGGAGCUCCUGGAGCAAUACACGAACGCGUAUGGCGGUUUGCGGACGGGCAUGCUCAUGGAGCAUCUAGAUUCGCUCGCCGGGUCGAUCGCGUAUAAGCAUGUCCUGGGCCCGGAGGUAGAGACACUGGGAAAGAUUCAGGAGAGAGGUUUUUAUUUUGUCACAGCGUCGCAUAUCGCUUUCCAAAGGCUGGACAUGCUUGCGCCUCUCCUCCCAGUAAGGGAUGUGAGGUUGAGUGGACAGGUGAUUUAUACUGGGUCGAGCUCGAUGGAAGUUGCUGUUAAAAUGGAGGCCAUGAAUACGGACCAGGAACCCGAGACCGUCAUGCUAGGCCGGUUCUCCAUGGUAUGCAGGGACGCUCGCACCCAGCGUGCGCGCAAGAUUAAUUCGUUGGUGAUUUCCACACCCGAGGAGCGAUCAUUAUUCAACAUGGGUGAAGCUGCAAAGAACCGCAGGCGCGAGAACCUUGCACAAUCACUCGAACGGGUACCUCCGAACAAAAUAGAGGCCGCCGACUUACAUGCAUAUGAGCUGAAGUACGGUCAAGAGGAGGCCGAUAAGGAGAAAUUAUGGAUGGGCGACACACGGCUAGAGAAGACGAUGUUGAUGUUCCCACAAGAGCGCAACGUCCACUCAAAGGUGUUCGGAGGAUAUCUCAUGCGUCUUGCAUACGAACUCGGAUUCUCCAAUGCUUCACUGUUCACUCGUUCGCACGUCACGUUCUUGUCGUUGGACAGAAUAUCGUUUGCGAGACCUGUGCCCAUCGGAUGCAUCCUGCGGCUAACUUCCCAGAUCAUCUACUCCACUCCACCGGAGGCUGGAAAGGGUGCAGUGCACGUCGCGGUGCAAGCUUACGUGGUAGACGUAUCGACUGGGAAAGAGGAGAUGACGAACGACUUCCGCUUUACCUGGCGGCGUGACGAUGGCAAACCAGCCUCGAGGAGGGUCGUUCCCAGAACGUACAAAGAGGCGAUGCUUUGGCUCGAAGGCAAGCGGGCACUUGAGCUCGGCGCCAAGAUCAGAGGACGCAGGGACCAGAAUUUAGCUUGAUUUUAUGAUAGAUUACUCAAGGAUCGUCCUUGCAUAUGGCCAUUGUGAACUUCGUGGACUUGUCGGGCGUCAAUUAUAGAGUGAGCGUUCAUGCUGUAAACUGGUAAGAGUACGCGGAUUGGUACUUGAUCGCACUACGCAAGUUGGUAGUCACUGCCAUGUAAAGGCAGAUGUUUUCCAUUGUUUGAUACACAAGCAAAACAGACACGUUACUAGAGCUACAGCUACAUAUAUAGGAUAUAAGGUUAUUGAUAUUAGG